CGCCUGCGCGCGCACCUGUUCAAAGAAGAGCUCGCUCAGGUGCACUGGACCACGUGACCGUCGCUGUAUUUCACAGUACAGUCAGUGAUUCUGGGCGACAGACUCGGUUUAACCUUCCGCGUUUACCUGCAGCUGCUCAGAGAGACAUGCCACCUCCAACCUCUGUUUGAGUUGGUUAACUUAAUGACACGAGCUGUUUCACUCAGAUGAAAGGAUUUAUGAAAGGACUGCGAUGUGGCGUUGUCUUUUGAUUCUCUAUCUGACAUCGCUCGCGUUUACUCAGUCUGCGGAUCCGCCUUGUAGCAGCGUUCCAGAGUUCAAGCAUGAUCAAACUCAGUCAGUUUCGGUGAUGCUUGGACACAGCGUGGUCCUCACCUGCACAGCAUCCAUAGGUUUAAACCACACCGAUUCAGACUGCAAAGACCAUCUGGAGUGGAUAAAAGAUGGCAUACCGCUUACCAACCUCACCUACUCUAAAAAUGUUAAAGACUGGUAUCCUGAUGAGGGUCACAUCAUUAAGAGCAGUGUAUUAACACUAACCCUGACAGAUCAGGCUGAUUUUGGUGUGUAUUUCUGUGUGGUAAGGAACAACACCGCGCAAUUCAACGUAAAGGAGUACAAAUCGCCAAGUCGCACCGGGUCAGUGGUGGCGUCAGUAGUCCUGCUGCUUGUGCUCGCUCUGGCAGCGGUGGUCUAUUCCAAGUGCAGACUCAACUUUAAACUGUGGUACAGGAACAUUUACGGAGAGUAUGAGCUCAAUGAUGGCAAAAUAUAUGACGCCUACAUCUCAUAUGUCAGCAAUGAGAAUGACAGGAAAUUUGUCAACUUUAUCCUGAAACCUCAUUUGGAGAGCAAGUACAGUCAUAAACUGCUGCUCAACGACACAAACAUCCUUCCUGGAGCCGAGCCGUCUGCAGAGCUGCUGAUGAACAUUAGUCGCUGUCGCCGGCUGAUUGUUGUUCUCUCUCAGUCGUACCUGGAGCAGGAGUGGUGCACAACCAACUUCAGACAGGGUUUGUGGCACUUGAUGGAGCUGUCGAGGAAGCCCAUCUUCAUCAUAUUUCAGUCGCAGCUGAAGGAAAUGAGCCAGGAUGUCAGUCACCAGCUGAGACAACACCAGCCCCGAAUCACGACCCUCACCUGGGGAGCACACUCCAUGACCCCUUCUUCAGGCUUCUGGAAGGAGCUGGCACUGGCGUUGCCGCACAAGUUGACAUUUCACAGUGAAUCUGCUGGCGAUCCGCAGACUCUGCUGCAGGGUGAUAAAGAUCCCAUGCUCACGCAGCAGCUUGAUUACCUGGACUGCAGACCGGACCCCGAUCCCGCAGGAGAUCUGGGUUUGCGUUUGCCCAUCUACAAGACCCUUUCCUCCAGAGCCCCGGUACUUCCUGCAGGUCCAGGUGUGACGGCUGAACCCAAACCCCCAGACAUAGACGUGUCUGACCUCGGCUCGAGGGACUACGCCGCACGCACUGAUUUUUACUGUCUGGUCUCUGAGGAUGAUAUCUGAGACACACUCCUGUUCUUUUUUGCACUUUUAAGUCACUUUUAGCUCAAUGAUUUCUUGUUACUGUCACUGUUUUCUUUGCUGUUGUUUAUCUACACCUGUAUGAUUAUGCAUGCACAAUUCUGUAUGCUUUUAUGCAAAAUGUUUUAUAAAAUUUUAUAUACAGUCAUAAGGAUAUUGGUUCUGUAUAUAUUUUAAUAAAGUUUUGGGGUCCAUGUAAA